AUGUCAGACACGCGCGACAACAUGUGGCGCCCCCGGAGAGACUCGCUGAGCGGUGAGGAUGAGCGCGAGCAGUCUCCACCACAACCACGCCGACGGCAACCUCGAUUGAUCCACCCAGACGACGUCCCAUUUGCGUUCGACUUCGACGAGAUCUUGUACGCUUUCACAGUCGAGGAACAUCUCCAGUUCGCCAUCGCCUUCAAGCGCCACCCCAAAGACUUCGAACUCAUUGCCCAGCAAGUGACUGACCGCAACCGGUGGGAGUGCCUUCGACACUAUUACAGUGUCAAGCACAACGGGCGAUACAAGACGAAGACAUGGGAGGAGACCAACAUCAAGCACAAGAAGCCGCAUCGCGCUCUUCCAGAGCUGGACCCUCGAAUGGAAGGCUUCACUGCAGUCGACGGGAAGAUACCACGACCAGAUACUCAAGAGAUGCGUGACUUGCUGGCACACCGUAUGCGGAUCAUUCCCAUCAACGAGGAGAUCAAUAGGCUCCUUGCGCUCGUUCCGAAUGCAGAGCAGACGUAUGCCAAUGCGCUAGCUCGCGCUCAAGAGGCACAGAACGCAGAGCGGGUGGGACCCAAACUGCAGCGCAAAGAGACCAUUUUCGUGAAGUACAAAACAGCCAAGAAGAAUGUGAAGUCCUAUGAAGAACUCCGUCGCGCCCUUGAAGAUGUCGAGGCGGAGGUAAUCGGUAUGCUCAAGCAGCUCGCUGAGUCCCGCAUUUCGUACGAGGAGACCAAGGCGGAAUACGAAUCCGGAGACACAGGCAGCGAAAUGAAUAUGCGCUGCUGGUUCCACUUCGUCCGGCACUACAGGGAAGAGCUUGCUUGGAUUGGCCACACGCUGAAGGGAAUGUUCGACGAGCAGGACAAGAUCGAAGAGCCUCACGACGACAUAGUCUCAGGGGACUUGUUGAACACAUUCAUUAUGGUGAAGGCUGGGGUGAUGAGAUUUCUUGCAGAGAAGAAGUCAUUGGAAGCGCGACUCGUGCGCCAGACCCAGCGAAAUGGUUCAGGUCAAGCAGAUGUUGCGACCAUGCAGAAGGUUUUGUCGGAACGCAUCGUGCAGCUGACGGAGCUGAAAGACCUUCUGCAGAAAGUCACGGCAUCGAUCGCCGAUGGCUUGGACGAGAGAAUGGGUGGCGUUGACAACGUAGAAGAGGCUAAUGACCUCGAGGACGGUGCUGCUGGCGACGUCAAGGACGAUGUUGAAGACGAGGAUCAAGUUGAGGACAAUACAGAGGAAGAGGAGGGGGAGGAGGAGGACGAUGAUGACUAUGUUGACAGCGACUGA